AUUGGAGAAUCAUUUAGACCGCUUCGAAAUAAACCACAAGAUUCACUGCCCACCACAAACAAGUAUUCAUCUUAUCUUAGCUGCGAAUCUCUCGCGCAAGGACACCCCCAGGUAUGUGAAAGAUCCCAGCGAUGGCGGACAGGAAUUUCAGCUCCUCGGCGCUCGUCUCCACGAGCAUUGGCUCCAGGAGCGUCUUUCUUGGCCGCGCCGGCCAUGGGAGCCUAGGGUUUGGAUUCAAGGCGCUGGGCAAAUCCUUUGGCCUGGGGCGAUCGUCGCGCAGGAAUGUGGCGAUUUGCAGCGUUGGAAUCGCGGAGGUAUUGACAGACGCGAUCAAGAAUGUGGUUCUGGAGGAUGAUUCCGCCAAGCAGCAAGGACUCGAGCUCUUGGAUUCGUUUUCCAGGCUCCCCGAUACCUCGCAGGUGGGGGUUUUGGGGGGAUCUCUGCUGGGAUGGAUUUACCUCACUGCCAAGCCGGGAGUUUUUCUUGGUGCUGUGGAUGCGUACUUCCUAGCUCCAGUCCAGGCCGUGCUGGAUCGAGCUUUGGGCCGGCGCGGUCUCAAGAGAAGCGAUUUCGUCGUGGGUCAGAAGCUGGGAGAGGGAUCGUUUGGCACAGUUUACGCUGGAGCGAUUCUUCCCAAGGAUUUCCAGCAAGAGCAAGGGAUUGGAAAGCGCUCGCGGCGGCUCGAGGAGUACCAGGGAUACAAGAAGUUCCAGAAAGUCACACUCAAGAAGGUGAAGAUGGACGUCGAGGGAGCGCUCGAGAGCGGCGAGAUGGAGGAAUGGUUUAACUACCGCAUGGCUCGCGCUGCCCCGGAUGUGUGCGCGGAUUUUCUCGGGAGCUUUGUGGCCGAUUCUACUCGAGGACAAUUUGUCGAGGGUGGUAAAUGGCUCGUCUGGAAGUACGAGGGAGAUUCAACACUCGCGGACUUCAUGAAGGACAGGAGGUUUCCAGAGAAUCUAGCAGAGCCUUUGCUCGGUCGCUCGAGGGAGAAAGAUCCACUCAAACGCAAGGCGUUGACGAUCAGGAAAAUACUGCGAGAGAUCCUCGUAGCGCUCAAGAAAAUGCACGCUACUGGGAUCGUCCACCGCGACGUCAAGCCUGCGAAUCUGGUGGUGACCAACAAGGCCAAGCUCAAGUUCAUAGACUUCGGUGCUGCCACCGAUCUCCGCGUGGGAAAAAACUACGUGCCCGAGCGAGGCAUGCUGGAUCCCGACUACUGCCCACCGGAGCUGUUCGUGAUGCCGGAGGAAACUCCUCGGCCUCCGCCAGCUCCAAUCGCCGCACUGCUCUCUCCGAUCCUCUGGCAACUAAACAGUCCAGAUCUCUUCGACAUGUACUCGGUCGGGAUCAUCUUCCUCCAGAUGGCCUCGCCGAAUCUGAGAACUCCAGUCGCGGUGGAAGUGAUGAAGAAAGAGCUGAGCGAAGUUAACUUCGAUCUAAAAGCAUGGAGGAAGCGAACGCGACUGAGGCCAAACUUGGAGCUCCUGGAGCUCGGGGCUGGGAGAGGAUGGGAGCUCGCGUCGAGGCUCGUGUGUGAGCGGCGAAAGAGGCUCUCGGCCGCCGCCGCGUUGCGGCACCCAUAUUUUCUAAGUUUCUAGUGGCACGGGGUUCGAUUCCGGUCCACAAGGA